AUGGAUUCUUUUCGACUAUUGUUGAACGAAAUUAGCCACCAACUAACAGACGAUAACCUACGAAGUCUUAUUCAUAUUUACAACGUGCCAGGGGGAAUAAGGAGAAAUAUGAACGACGGACUUGCGUUGUUCGACUACAUGAUUACGCAGGAUUAUAUCAGUCGUGAAAAAAUUGGAAAUCUUCGCAAUUUAAUUCGAAAGUUAAGACCGCGCAGGAAAGAUUUAGUUCGAGUAGUGGAUAACUACAUCAAAAAGGAAUUCCAAACCGAUGAUGUUCGCUUAGUUCUCGACGAUUUCAGCGAAUCUUGGGAACAAAUUCCUUUGGUUAAUAAAAGCGGAAGUCCUGUGUUAUACGAUGAAACGGGCGUAUGUAAAAUCGAUUGUGGGUAUUUGAACUGCGUAUGUCGGCGCGUGCCUUCGUGUUAUACACCAAUAAUAGUAUUGCUACUUAUUGCUAUAAUUGCCACAAUUGUGUUCAGGAAUGAUGUACAGCAUAUCAGCGAUUCGAUAAAGGUGUUCAUUAUCACAUUAGAGAUUUUGGCACUUCUGCUUGUCAUCGGCUUCUGCAUCCGGGGGAAUUUGGCUUCCCAAAAACCCAACAAUACUGUAUUGGUUAACCCCGUGGUUAACCCAGGUAUCCAGGAAGGGCUAUCCCGGCAAAUUGUUAACUCGGCAAGUGCUGGUCAAUUACAAAGAAUGGCAACUGCUCCCAGGUCCUAUAAAACCUCAGAAAGUGCUAUAUUUAGCGAUGCUUCUGGUGAACCCAAUAGUCUGUCCACAUUUGGUACGUUUGAACCAAUGGACGAACUUCCUGACAGCUCUGGACCUGAGCAUUAA